GAGUCGUUCUUGUAGUGUAUGUAAUUAAAUGUUACAUUGUUUUUUAUACCCAUUGUAGGAUAAGUACAAGUGUCGGUCAUCACGUAUUUCAGGCAUUAGUUUUAAAUAUUUUAAGAUUUUUAUUCUCACUGAAUAUGAAAUACAUGCAAAUAAUUUGAAAGUGCUAUCGUAAUCAAGUUUGAUGUUACUAAUACUAGUCGAGCUAGGCCUGUGACGGUGUGAGUCGUGACUGUCAGUGAGACUUGAGAACACCUGAAUUCCCAAUGUCUUCAGGAAAGUUUCGAAUGAAUGAAGGUGACUGGGCUUGUCCUGACCCACAGUGUGGCAACAUUAACUUUGCCAGAAGAUCUACUUGCAAUCGCUGUGGUAAAGAGAAAACUGCUGUUCCCCCAAAGAAAAAAUUAGGUCAUGAAAUAGGAAAAGCAGCAGCAGAGAAAAGCAAAGGUUUGUUUAGUGCAGAUGACUGGCAGUGUGGAAGAUGUGGAAAUGUGAAUUGGGCCAGAAGGCAACAGUGCAAUAUGUGUAAUGCACCAAAGUUUGGAGAAGUGGAAGAAAGAACAGGACUUGGUGGUGGAUAUAAUGAAAGAGAAGAUGUUGAAUAUGUAGAAAGAGAAGAAUCAGAUGGCGAAUAUGAUGAUUUUGGUCGCAAAAAGAAAAAGUUCCGAGAAUUAUCUGACAGCGGUGACUCCAAAUCACCAAAAAGAAAAGACCCAGUAAAGCCAAAAAUGGAUAAUGAAGAUGAGGAGGAGGAGGAAGAGGAGGAUGAAGAUGUGUCAAAAUACAAAUUAGACUCAGAUGAUGAUGAUGAAGAUGGAGAUGUUUCUAAAUAUGACCUGACUGGGUGGGGUGAUGAGGAUGAGAAUGAAAUGCCAACAAAAGUCAACAGUGUCAAAAAUAAUCACAGAAAAAGUCGAUCUAAUUCCAGAUCAUCCUCUCAUUCUUCUGCAUCUUCACCUUCAAGGUCUAGCCAUUCUUCUCAAUCUCGCUCAUGGUCAGUUAGCAGUUCUUCUUCCCACUCCAAAUCAAGUUCAGCCUCACCUAGAGGGAAAAAACGGAAGAGAUCUCGAUCUAGGUCAAGGUCAGACUCUCCAAGAUCCAGAAGGAAAGAAAGACAACAUGAUUCACACUCCUCUAGCCAUUCUCCUUCUAGCUCACACUCUGGAUCUUGUGAAAGGGACAGAGAACACUCAAGAUCACCCAGGCAAAAGAAGUGAGUUAAACAGCACUUUGGUGUGGAAAUAUGCAAUCUAACAGUUUUAUGUGGUUUAAAAUUAUUAAUUUUUUCCUUAUUUCCUUUGGUUAUGUGAAUCCAUUUCUGCAUACAGUAGAAAAGAAAUAAAAUGAUUAUGCAGAAUAAAGAAUCAUAUACAUAAA